AUGCCUCCAUCUGGCCUCAGCGGAGGACCUUUUCAAAACCAGGGGUCCGGAUCCUUUGCGAAUCAAGGUGGCCCUCCGGUGCCUGCUGCCUUUGGGGGGCAGGCAGAUUUUCCCAAUCAACAGAGUUCAAGCCAGCCGCCUCAGCCGAACCAGUUGCUAAGUGGUGGCUAUGGUGGGGCCCAGACGGAGGGUAGGGAUGAGCAGAGGAUGGCUGACUGUGCUGAGUUUUCCUCGCCUCCACAUUUCGUUCGCUGCAGUGUGUCCAAGUUUCCCAACUCUCUCAAUGUGCGAUCUAAGACUAAGAUUCCUAUAG